AUGCAAAACGACGCAUUGACCUCGACCGUCAACACGAUAUUUACGUCGUUCUUUCACUCGAAGAAGUUAGGGAAGUAUGUAUGUACGCAUGAAGGGUGUGGGAAGACAUUUAACUCAAAGAAGUGUUUGAAUGUUCAUAUGCAGACCCACAAUGGUGAGAAGCCAUAUACAUGUCCGUCUUGUGGGAUGAAGUUCUUAAGAAAACAUGAUUGUAAUGUUCAUCUUCGGAUUCAUACCGGUGAAAAGCCAUUCCAAUGCGAAACGUGUCACAAACGGUUUGCUAGACACUCUGAUCUUAAAGUCCAUGAAAAGGUCCACUCAGACGUCAAACCGUUUCUGUGUCCUUUUAACUGUGGAAAAUGUUUUAAAAGAAAACACGACUUAAAAAAACACAUCACUUUCCAUGUUAAACACUCAAUGAAGGAAUUGUCCGAAAUCGUCGAAAAAUCAGAGGAAAACGCUCACUCAACAAUUCAGAGCGCUUUCGUCCCUGUCAACAAAAAGUAUUUCACUGUUUUUUAA